AUGGCCGAGCCGACCAGCGCGCCUGCACACGCAGACUACGAAACUCGGUUCCCGCGAGUAACUAUCCAGUUCUGCACACAAUGCAAAUGGAUGCUCCGGGCAGCCUACUUCGCCCAAGAGCUCCUGUCCACGUUCUCCACAUCCCUGGGCGAGGUGUCGCUGCAGCCCUCGACGGGGGGCACCUUCGUCGUGACCAUCCACCACCAGCCGCGGGACCAGGCGCCCCGGGCUGUGAGCACCGUGCUCUGGGACAGGAAGACGGACGGCGGGUUCCCCGAGACCAAGGAACUCAAGCGGCGGGUGAGGGAUGUCAUCGAGCCGGGGCGGGACCUGGGACACGUCGACCGGCAUCGUUCCGCUCACGCUGCGAGCAAGACGGCCGGUGAAUCGUCUGGGGGCGCAGACGGAGCGGGUGGCCCUGCUGCUGCUGCUGCUGCUUCCGGGGCGGCCAUGACGGACACGCCUUGUGAGGAUUGCAAGUAG